GCCAAGAGAACAUCAACAACAACACUCCAGAUUGCGGACCUAGAACACCGCCUCGUCAGCCCGGCUCAAUGGACAAGCAUCAGCCAGCAGAGCUGCCUCUGAGCAGGAGCCACAACGAGAGGGAGCGCCCUGCGCCACGCGGCCGGGGAAUCUUCCUCUCCUUCGUGGCCUUCAUCUUCUUCAGCUCGCUGCUGCACCCAACCACAAGAUGCUACCAUCCGGCCCAAAAGCUGUACGAUCACUGUCGCCCACGGACCAUUGAGCAGAGGGUCACCACCAUUCUGACCACGACGCCCCUGAUAGACGGGCACAAUGAUCUCGCAAUUCUCCUGCGGGUGCUCUACAACAACCAGAUCUAUGGCAAGAACUUCACGGAGCCCUUUGAGAAAGGAGGCAUGGCCGGGCACGUAGACUUGCCCAGGCUCCGAGACGGCCUUAAUGGCGGCGCCUUCUGGAGUGUCUUUACGCCUUGCCCAGCCAACGGCACCAACUGGUCUGACGAGAACUACGCAGCCAGCGUCCAAUUCACGCUGCACCAGGUAGAUUUGAUGACCAGGCUCCAGCAGGCCUACCCGCGCGACUUCUCAGGCAUCCCCCUGGACUCGAACGCUGCGUGGUCGGCGUUCCACCAAGGCAAAUUCGUCUCCCCACUGGGCAUUGAGGGAUUGCACCAAAUCGGCAACUCUGUGUCCAACCUCCGCCGCUUCCACGCCAUGGGAGUCCGCUAUGCGACCCUGACGCACAAUUGCGGCAACAUCUAUGCCGAUGCCGCCCUCCAGGAGAACCCGGUGCGUGUGGCACCGCCUCACUGGGGCGGCGUUUCGCCCGAAGGAAAGCUCCUCAUCAACGAGAUGAACCGCAUCGGUAUGCUCGUUGAUCUCUCUCAUGUGAGCGCGGACACAAUGAGACACGUACUCGGUGGUCGCAAGGAGUGGGCUGGCAGCAAGGCGCCCGUCAUGUUUAGCCACAGCUCUGCCCACGCCAUCUGCCCGCAUCCCCGCAACGUCCCGGAUGAUGUGCUGCAGCUGGUCAAGAAGACCAAUUCUGUAGUCAUGGUGAACUUUGCCCCGGAUUUUGUCAGCUGCACCAAGUCCGAUAAUGAGAAUGGCAUGCCGGAUUUCUUCCCUGCCAACAGCACUCUAGCUCACGUCGCUGACCACAUAACCUACAUUGGCAACCUCAUUGGCUAUGACCACGUCGGCUUGGGCAGCGAUUUCGACGGCAUCGAGUCCACCCCUGAGGGCCUGGACGACGUGUCCAAGUAUCCAAACUUAUUCGCCGAGCUUCUGGCCCGUGGUGUGUCUGACACAGAUGCGGCCAAGAUUGCUGGCGGUAACAUUCUGCGGGUGUGGAAAGAUGUUGAGGAGGUGGCCGCAAAGAUGCAAGCAGAUGGCGAGCCGGUGCUUGAGGAUAAGCUGCCGAGCUUGGGGUUUGGGGCGCUGGCAAGCUAUAUGUAG